AUGGUGCAUCCAGCAAACUCUGCCAAUACGACAGAACGGAGGGGUGUGAACGCUGAUAAUGGCACUCAGCGAGACCUCGACACAAGAAUGGUCGAGGACCAGACCUUAACAGUAAAACUUGGAGAGGAGGCUCCAGCCACCUUCGCCGAAGUCCUGCAGAAGGCGAAGAAGGUCAUUGAUGGGCAAGAGCUCCUCCGAACCAAAACUGGCCGACCUGAGAAGCAGAUCGACCAGAAGAAGUUGAGCCAAGAGAAGAAGAAGGCUGAUUCCAAGUAUAGAGAUAAGGGAUCUUCCUCAUCCGCCAGCAGAACAGAGUACCGUAGGUUGGAGAGCGGCCCCAGCCGGAGCCGACCUUAUGAACGGUAUACUCCAACCACCAUCCCCAUCUCCGAGAUACUCACGAAUAUCGAGGAAAGUGGGAUGGAAAAGCUCCUCAAGCGACCUGAGAAGCUCCAAGGAGACCCGGAGAAGCGCAACAAAGAUAAGUACUGCCGUUUUCAUCGCGAUCACGACCAUAAUACGACAAGCUGCUGGGAAUUGAAGCGCCAGAUUGAAGGCCUCAUUCAAGAUGGCUACUUUAAAAAGUUCGUGGGCAAACCGAGGUCUAACUCGGUUGAAAAGAAGGAAAAGAGAAAGCGUUCAAGAACACCGCCUUGCCGAGAUGAUCGACCUGCGGUCAUCAACACUAUUUUCGGAGGUCCGAGCGGGGGCCAGUCCGGAAACAAGAGGAAGGAGCUAGCUCGCGAGGCCAGGCGCGAGGGGAUCCAUUUGCCCCAUAAUGACGCGCUCGUGAUCGCCCCUCUCAUUGAUCACGUCCUGGUCCAAAGAGUAUUGGUUGAUGGAGGUGCAUCUGCCAACAUCUUGUCCCUCAAAACAUAUCUAGCAUUGGGAUGGACCAAGUCACAAUUGAAGAAGAGUCCAACACCCUUGGCUGGAUUCUCUAGAGAAUCGGUCUCCCUAGAAGGGUGCAUUGACCUGCCGGUAAUGAUCGGGCAAGAUGCUACCCAAGUAACGCAGAUGGCCGAGUUCGUGGUAAUCGACGGCAGAUUGGCCUACAACGCCAUUUUUGGGAGACCCAUUAUCCACUAA